AUGGCAGAAGAUAAGCAAACGGAACAUUUCCGUUCCUUGGAGGCUCUCAUCACGAAGUCCGAUGAAUCCGCUUUGGUAGAAAACCCGUGGUACAUGUUGGUGGCCCUCGUGUACACUGUGAAACGCAAGUAUGCAGACUUGGUAGCGCUUUCCAAGUAUGUUCUAUACAGGGAUCCAAGCCUGUCGGUAGAUGAGAAGAGACGUAUACUCAGGAGAAUAAGGGAAGCUCUUUAUAAAAACGGUGUUCUAUAUGGAAAUCCAGUGAUGAUCAACGCGAUGCUUGAAUUGAGAAAGGGGUUAGAUGCUGAGCUCUUCGAAGACACAGCCUACAGAGACCACAAAAAACCAUUGGAGGAUUUGGAAACUAAUGGCUACGACGUAUUCAAAAGAACUUACGGGGAUACCACUGAUGAGGUGGUUGGUCUGUUGAAGAAUGUUCAUCCUGACUAUCCGUACUCUGCUUUGACGUUGAUCUUUGGACCUGUUCUGGGAUUCUACGAUAUAUUGAACCCCGCGGAAACGUCUCUGACCAUGGUGGCUGCUUUAAUUGCUUUCGAUCUUCCUCUACAAGCAAAAUGGCAUUUGAAUGGUGCUUACAGAAACGGAGCCACUAAAGAAGAAGUUCUGUCCGCGAGGGCGCUAAUAAUAGAGGUUCUCGGCGCCAACGACGCGGACAUCCCCUCUCUAGAUAUUGCAUAG